AUGUCCGAAGGCGCCGCUGCCACCUUGGCUGAGCAGCCAGACGUUAUCCAGGAGACUAAAGACGCAGUCGAAGAGCCUUCCACCGACGUGUACCACAAUCCUCUCGAACAAUCCUCACGAUGGUCUCUAGCCACUCGCGCAUACGCAUACCGUACCGGGGCAUCCAUUGCCUUUGGUAUGGGUAACAUGGCCUCGCCCGCCGUCCCCUCCCCGCACAAGACCAUCUACUUCGACUCGACCCUGUCCGGGAAAUACAAAGGCAAGGAGAAGAUCAAAGCAGAAGUGUGGACGCCAGACCGGCCCUUGUCAAGGAAGAGCUCGAGGGGCAGCCUGAAGUCACUCCAAAAGCAGAGGAGCAAGGAGAGCGGGGAGGACUCUGGCGACUCUCUCAAACCUCCCCUGUCGCGCUUCUCAUCCAGGAACUCGGUGCGCGGGGCUGCGGAUGAGAAGGGUGACAAAGGCGGGUCUCUCCGCCCUUCCCUGUCGAGGCUAUCGUCCCGAAUAUCCUUCAAGUCGUCCCAGUCGAUGAGGUCGAAAAGCUCCAUAUCCCUGCCGACAACCCCCUCGGGGCCCGUCGACAACCCGAUGGACAAGAUCCCUUCCACGCUGAACCCGCAGCCCGACCCGACAUCCCGCCGGCCGGCAAUCAUAAACUUCCACGGUGGGGGCUUCGUGCUUGGCCAGGGUACAGACGACGGGAGGUGGGCCAUGGCGGUCAUGCAGGCCCUGGGCGCUGUGGUGUUCUCGGUCGAGUAUCGGCUGGCGCCUGCGUAUCCUUUCCCCACGCCCGUCGAGGACUGCGCAGACGCAAUACUACAAAUAUGGCGGAGGGCGGACGAGUUCUGGAUAGACCCCGACAAGAUCAUCCUCACUGGCUUCUCGGCCGGCGGGACAUUGGCCCUGGCAAGCUGGACACUGCUGCAAGACCACAAGAAGUUCGGCUACAAGAUCGAGCCCGCCUUGACCGAAUCGAUGUCGAAGCUGGCACUGUCGACGGGUGAGGGCGGCUCGAAGAUACCAAAGGCGCCAGAGGCCGAGACCCCAAAGCCGGUGGGCCUGAUGCUCUUCUAUCCGCUGCUGGACUGGACGAUGUCGCGGCCGCGCAAGCGCCUGACGUGCAGCAAGCCCGAGAUGACCCUCCCGCGCUCACUGACGGACAUCUUCGACGCGGCGUACAUCUACCCGCCAGAUGAGCUCAAGGCCAGCCUGGACAACCCGCUGCUCUCACCGGGCCUGAUGCCGGACUACCUCGUCGAUAGGCUUCCGCCGGUGCAGCUGUGCCUGUGCGAGUACGACAUGCUGCUCGCUGAGGGCAAGGUGUUCGCCGAGAGGCUGAAGACCAGGGGCAAGGAGGUCGGCUACCGGGUGGUCCCGGAGGCGAAGCACGCGUGGGACAAGCCGCUGCCGUUCAACCCGCCCGAGAACCUUGGCGUCGAGUACGGGGAGGCGGUGCGGGCGAUGGCUAAGUGGCUGGGGGCGGAGGAUGUAGAGACUAAUGGUAAUCUUACGGAUGAGUCGGUGCCGGAGGGCAUAGAGGUGUAG